GUCUGGGCCUGACUUCGCGCGCGAAGCUCUAUUCUGUCGCCAACUUUUUUGAUGUCACGUGCACUCGAUCAUUCAUGAAGAGCAAAUGGAAGUCAAGGCGGGAAGACUGAGGCAGGUACAAGUGGGGCCGGAAAUUGACAGGGGGGUUCCUGCCGACAGCGGCGCGGCGGCGUAUUCGCAAGAGCCGUGCCCCUCCAAAGCCUCCAUUUCCCGCUGAACGGAUCCCGAAUUCGAGGGCAAUGGCACCUCAACCACGGGUAAGAGGGGCCUCUCUAUUGCUCACUUCCUGCCUUACCCAAUGUUAGCCUCUCAAGCUAGAUCAUUGGAAGGAAAGUGCUGUUCGCUUGUAUGUAAAUUAAUCAGGUAGCUCAAGCUGUCCCUAAGAUUCGCUACUCCCGUCCCUCAACAAAAUUACCGCCGGUUUCCGCUCCACUGUCCAUCUCGUCCCCUUGCUGAUUUAUCAAUCUAUAAACUAAGCUCUCCGCCGACGAUCUCCUGAUUUUUUGUCAUCUUCCAUCAUAACACAUCAAUUCUUCCAAAAUGGCCAACCUUCCUCCUGUCUAUAUCGUCUCUACGGCUCGUACGCCCAUCGGCUCGUUCCUCGGCUCUUUGUCGAGCCAGACCGCCGUUCAACUGGGAGCUGUCGCCAUUAAGGGAGCUGUCGAGCGCGCAGGUAUCAAGCCUGAGGAUGUCGACGAGGUCUUUUUUGGCAAUGUCCUCUCCGCUGGGUAGGUCUUUUGUUUUCUCUACCCCGCCAUCAUGAUCUCGAAAAUUGAGUUAACUGCGACUUCGUUGCUGACAUGAUUUGCCUCCAGCGUUGGACAGGGCCCUGCCCGUCAAUGUGCUCUCGGUGCAGGCCUUCCCCAGACUGUCAUCGCCACGACUGUGAACAAGGUCUGCGCUUCUUCGCUCAAGGCCAUCAUCCUUGGUGCUCAAAACAUUAUGCUCGGCACCUCCGACAUUGUCGUUGCUGGUGGAACCGAGUCCAUGUCCAACACUCCUCACUACCUCCCCAACCUCCGAAACGGCGCCAAGUACGGCGAUCAGACUCUCGUCGACGGUGUCCUCAAGGACGGUUUGACCGACUCUUUCAAGAAGGACCACAUGGGUAUCUCUGCUGAGCUUUGCGUUCAGGACCAUGAGCUCACCCGCGAGGCUCAGGACGAGUACGCCAUCAACUCAUACAAGAAGGCCCAGGCUGCCACUGAGGCCGGUCUUUUCACUGAGAUCGUCCCCGUUGAGGUCCCUGGUGGCCGUGGCAAGCCCGCUAUCAAGGUUGAGCGCGACGACGAGGUCAAGAACCUGAAUGUCGACAAGCUCAAGGCUGUGCGCCCUGCUUUCAAGCCCGAUGGUACUGUCACUGCCCCUAACGCUGCUCCCAUCAACGAUGGUGCCGCCGCUGUUGUCCUCGUCUCCGAGGCUAAGCUCAAGGAGCUCAACCUUAAGCCUGUUGCUAAGAUCCUUGGUUGGGGUGAUGCUGAGCGUGAGCCUGAGCGUUUUACCAUUGCCCCUGCUCUGGCCAUUCCCAAAGCCAUCAAGCACGCUGGUUUGACCGCCGACCAGGUCGAGUACUACGAGAUCAACGAGGCCUUCUCCGCCGUUGCGCUCGCCAACAUGAAGCUCCUUGGUCUUAACCCUGACCAGGUCAACGUCUACGGUGGUUCCGUUGCCAUCGGUCACCCUCUUGGAUGCUCUGGUGCCCGUAUUGUCACCACCCUUACCUCCGUCCUCAAGGAGAAGAAGGCCAAGAUUGGUGCCGUUGGUAUCUGCAACGGUGGUGGUGGUGCUUCUGCUAUGGUUAUCGAGAACCUGCAAUAAAAUGGGCGACUGGGAUAAUUGACGAUUUAGAUGACACAUUAAACAGGCUGUGGUGCUAUGGAACGAAAAGUUUUGUCUUGCUGUAUCUGACGCACUUUGAUAUGGCCUACGAUAUCUGACUGCUCCAACGGUAUACCCUUACAUAGCCAUUUAGGAAGAGAUAUAAAUGCCAUUUGUAAUUCACAGGAGACCAACUCAAGACUUGACUUUUGAUAAGAUGACGUUAGCUGCACAAUUUCGAUACUGAUAUCAAUCAUGACGUGCUUGCUUAUAUAGUUUCUAG